GGCGACGUCACAAUCAUGGCAUCGCAAAGACGGCCCGCUGAGGCCUGGUCUAUCGCCUGGUACCCUCAUCCCUCAUCCCUCAUCCCUCGUCCCUCAUUCCGUCACCCGUCACCCGUCACUCGUCACCCAACCCGUCGUCACCCGCCGCCUCUCACCUUCCGGCCGCCCUUCACAUGGUCGCCCGCAGCCCGCGCUGACCGCACUUCUGUGAUAUGGCGCUCGUCGACGCCAUUCGCCGGCCAUUUUGAGGCCCUCUGCGUUGUGCGCGACGCCGUCUCACGAGCCGCGUCCCCUCCGGCAUACCCCGCCCGUAAGCUGUUAUCGUGGUCAAUCAGCUGUCGAGAAUGCGCACGCUGGCCCUCCUCUGCAGACUCGGUGUGCCGCCGGUUGCAUGCUGGUUCGCAGAAUGCCGAAUGGUUGGUGAUGGUGCUCGCUCACUUGAUCCACCUCUCUGACCUGGCGAGGCCAGACCAGAGGUGGCCCGCAGGGUGGCCGACCGGUCUGAAGCCACCAUCACCGUCGCAGAAUUACGAAGUGACCCCGCGGCCGGGGCGGUUGAGUGGCCGUCCAUGCCGCGCGCUCCCGCAGCUCCCGCCAGCCAUGGAAUGUCACCUUCCGAGCUGGUAGCCUGGACUUGCUGGGAGCAAACCUAGCCCUCGCGAAGCCGGUACUUCGUACUACGUAGUGACAUCACUUUCUGAAGAGGCGCUUGGCAGUUGUUUCAUGAGGAUCGUCGUCGACAAUGAGAACGUGCUGCCGCGAUAACAACGAGCAAUUUCGGGGCCAGCCUCCUCUUUUCCCGCUCUUCUCUCUUCUGUGCUCUUCGUCAGCUUGCUUUUGCGCUGGCCAGCUGCAGAGCCUGCAGUGUUGCGUUGUCCAGCAGCCAUAAUCCCUCCUUUUCACAGAGUCCGCCCUUGUCUCCGUCACUGAUAGGACGGCAUCCUGCACAUCUCUCCACUCAGCCCCUCUCCAAAGCAGGGAAGUUGACCAGUCGUCGACUUGCUCGUUCCAUAUCCCUGCUCAAGAAGCCCGCUGCGCUUCGAAAUCACAAAACGCCAACUCACUCCUGCG